CCAGGAGGCGGUGCGUUGCCACGGAGAUGGAGCAGUGCUGCUAGAACGCACGCGCCAGCUAGAGCCUGUAGUCUUUUGGAGAGAUUGAACAUGGCGGCUACUCAGGCCGUGGAAGAAAUGCGGAGCCGCGUGGUUCUAGGAGAGUUUGGGGUUCGCAAUGUCCAUACCACUGACUUUCCCGGUAACUAUUCCGGUUAUGAUGAUGCCUGGGACCAGGAACGCUUCGAGAAGAAUUUCCGUGUGGAUGUGGUACACAUGGAUGAAAACUCACUGGAGUUUGACAUGGUGGGAAUUGAUGCAUCCAUUGCCAAUGCUUUUCGACGAAUUCUGUUAGCUGAGGUGCCAACUAUGGCUGUGGAGAAGGUCCUGGUGUACAACAACACAUCUAUUGUUCAGGAUGAGAUCCUUGCUCACCGUCUGGGGCUCAUUCCCAUUCAUGCUGACCCCCGUCUUUUUGAGUAUCGGAACCAAGGAGAUGAAGAAGGCACAGAGAUAGAUACUCUACAGUUUCGUCUUCAAGUCAGAUGUACUCGGAACCCCCAUGCUGCUAAAGAUUCCUCUGACCCCAACGAACUGUACAUGAACCACAAAGUGUAUACCAGGCAUAUGACAUGGAUUCCCCUGGGGAACCAGGCUGAUCUCUUCCCAGAGGGCACUAUCCGACCAGUGCAUGAUGAUAUCCUCAUUGCUCAGCUACGGCCUGGCCAGGAAAUUGACCUGCUAAUGCACUGUGUCAAGGGCAUUGGCAAAGACCAUGCCAAGUUUUCACCAGUGGCAACAGCCAGUUACAGGCUCCUGCCCGACAUCACCUUGCUUGAGCCCGUGGAAGGGGAGGCAGCUGAGGAGUUGAGCAGGUGCUUCUCACCUGGUGUUGUUGAGGUGCAGGAAGUCCAAGGUAAAAAGGUAGCCAGAGUUGCCAACCCCCGGCUGGAUACCUUUAGCAGAGAAAUCUUCCGGAAUGAGAAACUAAAGAAGGCUGUGAGGCUUGCCCGGGUUCGAGAUCAUUAUAUCUAGCAUGGACCUUGCAACAGCUGUUUGGACCUGAUAGAGGAACACACUUGCCAACAUAUGCUGCCCCCCACCAAAAAGACUACCUGAGCAAGACUUUGAGUAAGAAGCAAGGACUGUGAACUUGAUACACCUACUGUCCACAGCACUCUUUCCUGCUCACAGAGAUGGCCCCACUGAACAACUGAUGGCUACAGGUUUAUCAUGCUAAAUGAAAACAUCUUUCAGACCAUGUUUAAGCCUCCAUAGUUUGUUCUUUUUGUAUUUUGCUUAAGAAGUCAUUUGCUAGCCGGGCGCGGUGGCACGUGCCUGUAGUCCCAGCUACUCGGGAGGCUGAGGUGGGAGGACCGCUUGAGCCCAGGAGUUCUGGCCUGUAGUGCACUAUGCCAAUUGGGUGUCCGCACUGAGUUCAGCAUCAAUAUGGUGACCUCCUGGGAGCCGGGGAGCGCCAGGUUGCCUAAGGAGGGGUAACCUGGCCCAGGUGGGAAACGGAGCAGGUCAAAACUCCCAUGCUGAUCAGUAGUGGGAUCGCGCCUAUGAAUAGCCACUGCACUCCAGCCUGGGCAACAUAGGAGACCCCAUCUCUUAAAAAAAAAAAAAAGUCAUUUGCUGGCCGGGAGCAGUGGCUCUUGCCUGUAAUCUCAGCACUUUGGGAGGCUGAGGCAGGUGGGUCACGAGAUCAGGAGUUCAAGACAAGCUGGACCAAUACAGUCAAACGCUGUCUUUACUAAAAAAUACAGAAAUUAGCCAGGUGUAGUGGUGCGCCCCUGAAAUCACAGCCACUCAGGAGGCUGAGGCAGGAGAAUCACUUGAACUGGGGAGGCAAAGGUUGCUGUGAGCCAAGAUUGUGCCACUGCAUUCCAGCCUGGGUGACAGAACAAGACUCUGUCUAAAAAAAAAUUUUUUUUUUUUUACUUUUUGUGUUUUAAAACACCUGAAACUUUUUUCUGUCUAUGGUGACUGAUAGGAAUCUAAUUGUUUUCUCCCCAUAGAGAGCCAACUAUCCCAGCAUUGAGUAGUUGAUUUUUGUUUCAUUUUUUAAAGAGACAGGGUCUCACUCUGUUGCCCAGGCUGGAGUGCAGUAGUGUGAUCACAGCUCACUGCAGCCUCAAACUCCUGGGCUCAAGUGGCCCUUCCACCUCGGCCUCCCGAAUAGUUGGGACUAUAUAGGUGUGCAUUACCACACCUGGCUAAUUAAAAUUUUUUUUUUUUUUUUUCAGAGAUGGGGUCUCUCUAUGUUGCCCAGGCUAGUCUCAAACUCCUGGUCCCAAGAGAUCCAUCCUCCUGCCCUGGCCUCCCAAAAUGCUGAAAUUACAGGUAUGAGCCACUAUACCCAUCCAUCUUUUUCUUACUAACUUUCAUUACUUCUGUCAUAAAUCAAUCUGUAAUACAUACCUGGGAGUCUUUAAAAGGCCCUUUUACUAUUGUGUUGAACCCAUCAUCACUUACAAAGGAUUAUCUGCUAAGAAACUGAAAUGGUAUGAAGUCAGUAAAAAUGGUCUUAAAGGCCCUUUUACUAUUGUGUUGAACCCAUCAUCACCUACAAAGGAUUAUCUACUAAGAAACUGAACUGGUAUGAGGUUAAUUUUCUAGAACAGAGGUCAUAUUAGUAUAUGUUUUAAGUUUGUCCAGACAUAUGGUGUCUGUUGCUGACAACUCAACUCUACAUUGAAACACAAUAGCCAUAAACAGUAACUAAAUGAAUGGGCAUGGUGUGUUCCAAUAAAAGUUUACUUACAAACAUGUGGAGGCUUGCAUUUGGUCCUCAGGCUGCAGAUUGCCAACCCCUCCUUUAGACAUAUUCACAUAUAAUAAAUAUAAAGUAAAGUAGACUACAUCAAACAAUACUACAGAUACAAUCUUCAAAAUUUCGCCAGGGAAACUCUAAGUACAAGUUCACCUUUUUCAACAAAUAAACUGAAAAGAAAAGAGGGCAGGGCAUGGUGGAUCAUGCCUGUAAUCCCAGCACUUUGGGAGACUGAAGCAGGUGGAUCAGUUGAGCUCAGGAGUUUGAGAACAGUCUGGGCAACAUGGCAAAUCCUGUAUCUACUAAAAAUACAAAAACUGAGCCAGCUGUGGUGGUGCACAACUGUAAUCCCAGCUACUCGAGAGGCUGAGACAGAAGAAUCGUUUUAUCCCAGAAGGUGGUGGACUGAGAUCGUACUAGUGCACUCCAACAUGGGUGACAGAGGGAGACUGUCUCCAAAAACAAGAAUAAAAAAGAGGGCAACUUAUAAAUUUAGAGACUAAGAGAUAUCUUCUUUUUUUUUUCUUGGAGACACUGUCUUGCUAUAUCACCCAGACUGGAGUACAGUGGCGUGAUCUCAGCUCACUGAGACCUCUGCCUGCUGGGUUCAAGGGAUUCUUGUGCCUCAGCCUCCCAAGUAGCUGGGACUACAGGCACAUACCAUCACACCCGGCUACUUUUUAAAGUUUUUAGUAGAGAAAGGGUUUUGUCAUGGUGGCCAGACUGGUCUCAAACUCUUAGCCUCAAGGAUCCCUGCCUGCCUUGGCCUCCCAAAGUGCUGAGAUUACAGGGGUGGGCUACCACGCCCAGUCUAAUUUAGUAACCAAGAGAGUAUCUUAAUCAAAUAUACAUAUAUAAACCUUAUGUGGAUAAGCAGAAAAAAGGAAAACAUUUGGUGAUAUUUGAAUACUAACAAUAUACUGGAUUUUGAAUUACUGGUAGUACUUUAAGAUAUAACAAUUUUUAAGAUAUAACAAGUUUUAAGAUAUAACAAUGGAAAUGUGGUUAUAUUAAAAGACUUAUUACUAGAUCCAUAUUGCCUUUUAUUUUGAGACCCAGUCUCC